AUGGGUUCUUCAGAACGCCCUGUCAGCGUUCUAUUCGUCUGCCUAGGAAAUAUUUGCCGCUCCCCCAUGGCCGAGGGUGUAUUCCGAAACCUCGCCGAUUCACAUCCCGCCAUUGGUGAAAUCGAUUCUGCCGGUACGGGCGCAUAUCACAGCCUCGAGCCACCCGACUCCCGCACCAUGUCCACCCUCCGCCGCCACAACAUCACCAACUACUCGCACGCUGCCCGGAAGGUCACCAAAGAUGACUUCUUAAGAUUCGACUACCUGUUAGCCAUGGAUAAGUCCAAUCUGCGCGAUCUGCUGGAUGUUCGGGACUCGGUGAUUUUGUCAUUGCAGCGCAAGGCAAACGCCAAGUCGGGGGCGAAGUCUACCCGAGCGUCGACUGAGGCUGCAUUUGCGGAGCAUGGUUUGGAUUCGAAGGUUGCGGAGGUUCGUCUCUUUGGGGAUUUUGGUCCUGGUGGGAAGCUGCAUGAUCGUGUCGGAGGGGGUGAGGUUGUUCAGGAUCCGUACUAUGGUGGUGCAAAUGGCUUCGAGGAGGUUUAUCACCAGGUUGUGCGGUUUUCACAGGGUUUCCUUGACCAUGUGACUGGCUCAGAGUGA